CACUCCCUCCAACUGCCACAAAUAGCAAAGGGCAUAGAUGACCCCAGGAGAGCCCUCGGGAGAGGCCGGUUCCACCAGCAGCCUCACACAUGGCACUCCCGGGUCCCCCCUGGGCAGCGUGGCUGACAGCGUGUCUAAGGACAGCCCAGCAGGAGGGCCCCAAGGUCAGGUCCCACUCACAACAGAUGUCUUGGCGGUGAGCAGCUCUGCCGCAUCCACCGACCAGCAGGAUAUAGAUCAGGCCUCCCUCAAGACGGCCACCCCCGAGGCCAUGUCAACAUCUGGAGACAAAGACAAGGGUGCAGUUGUUCCAGAACAUGGCCAGAAGACACCUAGAAAAAUCACACCUCUGCUUCCCAGCCAAAACCCAACUCCCCUGCAAACAUCUAUGAGCCUUGAGAAUCCAACGUGGGACACGCAGGUUCAAGACACAAGGACAAGUCAGAGUCUAGUGGUUUUCCCAAGUCACCUCCUGGGUAAGGACAAGACGUCACAAAUGGCGAGUGUUCCUGAGAGAGAGCCGGAGUCAGCCCCCUUGGCCCCCAGUGCUGAGCCACAGUUCACCCAGCACACGGAGGCUCAGCCCGUCGGGAGUGAUGCUGACCACGUCACCACAGGUGUCAAUAGCCAGCAUGGCCCUCAGGCUGCCAGCACCACCAAGGCUGCUGAGGAGAAAGCUGAGCAUCCAAAGGCCCCAUACCCUGAAUUGGCAACAAACUGUCCCAUAGACUUAGCCCACUUGGAAGGCUGCUCCAGAAGCUCAAGACCCUUGCUCUACGGGUACCUGUGA